AUGGAGACUCUGGAACCAGCUCUGUUCCGCCUGGAACAAGGCUUCGAGCUGCAGUUCCGUCUCGGCCCCUCCCUUCAGGGUAAGAGCGUCCAGGUGUACACCAACUACCCCCUCAAAGACCAGGAGUUUGACCGUCUGCAGUUCCGUCCUUUGGACUGGGUCUAUCCCAACAGCCAGGAGGAUGACUGUGACAAAUACUGCAGACUGGACCUGAGGGUGGCUGGGUCCUACCAGUAUUACUUCUCCUGUGGGAACACAGAUAGAGUAGGGGGGGGUUACAUUGUCGUUGAUCCAGUGCUGAGGGUGGGGGCCAACAAUGACGCCCUCCCCCUGGACUGCAUCAGCUGCCAAACAUACGUGGCCCAUGGCAUCGGACCCCUGGACUCAUGGCUCGACAGGGUCAGGGUCGCAAAGGAGACCGGCUACAACAUGAUCCACUUCACCCCGCUGCAGAAGCUCGGCUCAUCUGGAUCCUGCUACUCCAUAUCUGAUCAGCUGGAGUUAAACCCUGCCUUCUCACCUGGUGGGAAGUCAUACACCUGGAGAGACGUUGGUGAUCUGGUGGAGAUGCUGAGGAGAGACUGGAACAUGGUCUGCAUCACUGAUGUCGUCUACAACUACACAGCUGUUGACAGUGAGUGGAUUCACCUCCAUCCUGAAUGUGGCUAUAACCUGGUGAACUCUCCUCACCUGAAGCCAGCGUGGCUCCUGGACAGAGCUCUGUGGCACCUCAGCUGUGAGGUGGCUGAUGGGAAAUAUACUGAACAGGGAGUCCCAGCACUGAUUGAACAUGAGCAGCACAUACAUGCUUUGUGCUGUGUACUGUGGCAGCAGGUUUUCUCCAGGCUCCGACUUUGGGAGUUUCUGCAGGUCAGUGUGGAUGCAGCUGUGGAGCAGUUCAGACAGCUGCUGGAGGCAGGUAGUUUAGGUGACAGGUCCAGGUCCAGGUCCAGUCCAGAGUGUAAGAAGCAGCUGAAGGUGGUGCAGGACCCUGAGCAUCGACGCUUUGGAAACACAGUGGACAUGAACUCUGCCCUGGACAUAUUCACACCUGACAGCACCCGUCUGAGUCUUUCAGUCAUCCAGGACUGCUGCAGCUGUUUCAGGAGGAGACUGGAGGAGCUGAACUUUGAACUUUACAAAGAGAUGAAACACCAUGCAGAGCAGGCGACCAACUGCAUUGUGGGAGGUGUGGUUUCUGAGCGUUUUGCUGAUGAGGGACCUAAACUGGGUCCAAUCACAAGGAGACACCCUCUCUGUCCCAGGUAUUUCACCUUUCCUUUUGAGGACAUGAGCUUUGAUAAAGAAGUGCAGCUGAUGGAGCAGAGAGAGAAGGCGUGUCACUUCCUGGCUCAUGACGGCUCUGUGACAGGAAGUGAUCUGCAGAGGAACGCAGCUGAACCAGACUCUGAGGUCUACCUGCGGAGAGAACUGGUCUGUGAGGAGAACACUGUCAAGCUUCGUUAUGGAGACAAACCAGAGGACUGUCCUUACCUGUGGACUCGUAUGAAGACGUACACAGAGACUAUAGCUGAGGCCUUCUCUGGUGUUUGUCUGGUCAACUGCUCCUCCAUCCCCCUGCAUGUGACUGAGGUGAUGCUUGCAGCAGCCCGAGCCGUCAGGCCUAACCUGUACGUGAUAGCUGAGCUCUGUACCGGCAGCCAACACACUGACAAUGUCUUCGUGAACCGCCUGGGAAUCACCAGUGUGCUGAGAGAUGCUGCAGCUGCUGCAGACGGUCAGGAGGGAGGGUGCUGGCUGUCCUGGUGUAGGGGGGAGCCUGUGGGGGCCUUUGUCCAGCCCAGCCUUCGGCCCCUGGUCCCAGCUGUGGCUCACACUAUGUUCAUGGACAUCAGCCCCAACAACCACAGUCCCACCCAGAAGAGUUCACUUUCCGACUUCCUGCCCAGCUCCGCUCUGGUGUCCAUGGCCUGCUGUGCUACAGGAAGCAGCAGAAGAUACGAUGAGCUGCUCCCUCAUCAGGUGACUGCAGUCUCUCAGGACCAUCAGUACACCAGCUGGAGCCCUGAGGACCAGGUCGGUCUGCAGACCGGGAUCAUGGCUGCCAAGCUGUCCCUGAACAGGCUGCACCAGGAUCUGGCUGCUGAGGGCUUCACACAGGUGUAUGUGGAGCACCUGGGAGGGGGCAUGGCCACAGUGACCAGACACUGUCCCAGUACCCACGAAUCAGUGGUCGCUGUGCUGCGAAGACCGGUCCAUAAGCCAGAGAGACUCUGUCACACAGAUGACGUUCCACCUGUCCUCAUCCCAGGUGUGAUUAAAGAAGUGGUGCUGGAGGCCCGGACCUCUGUGAACAACACUACAGAUGACAGCAGCCUGCCGGUCUGCACUGUGGAGAUCAGAGAACACAUCCAGGUGUGUGACAGUCAGCUGGUGAAGAAGACUGACGUGGUGUCCAGACACAACAGAGAUGUUCAGGAGUUAAGGUUGGAGAAGUUCACUCCAGGCAGCAUCAUCAUCUUCAGAGUGACUCUGGAGCCCAGGUCCCAGGAGCAGCUGGGGGCCCUGAGACGCCACCUGAUCCAGUUCAGUCCUCAGUACCAGACCGGCAGCCUGGCUGAACACAGCACUCCCCCCAUCCUCACCCAGCCGCUGAUGACCAUCAUGUCCAGACUGACCCUGACUGACAUGAACAUGCUGCUGUACCGCUGUGACGCUGAGGAGGGGGGAGGGUGCUAUAAUGUCCCCUCAUGGCUACGGCUCAACUACGGAGGCUUACAAGGGCUGAUGUCAGUGAUGGCUGAGAUCCGACCCCACAACGAUCUGGGACAUCCUUUCUGUGACAACCUGAGACAGGGGGACUGGAUGAUGGACUACGUCUCCAACAGAUUGUUGUCCAAGGGUGGAGCAGUAGAAGAGGUAGGCUGCUGGUUGCAGGCCAUGUUCGUCUACCUGAGACACCUCCCCCGCCACCUCGUUCCCUGCUACUUUGACGCAAUCGUCCAGGGUGUCUACACCACGGCUCUGGAGGCUACGUUCAAACUCAUGUCCAGCUUUGUGCAGAAUGGUUCCACCCUGGUCAAACAGCUGGCUCUGGGCUCAGUGCAGAUGUGUGGUGUGUAUCACAGCUGGGCUCUGCCCCCACCCUCUCCUCACCUGAGGAAGGUCACCUGUCCUGAUGACUUCACUGAACAGGAGGAGCUGGGCUGUGUGUCGCUGGCAGCAGGUCUUCCUCACUUCUGUUCGGGGAUGUUUCGUUGUUGGGGUCGUGACACCUUCAUCUCCCUCAGAGGACUGAUGUUACUGACCGGCAGACACCUGGAGGCUCGGAACAUCAUCCUGGCAUUUGCUGGAAUGCUGCGUCACGGCCUGAUCCCCAACCUGCUGGGUCAAGGAGGCGCAGCCCGCUACAACAGCAGGGACGCUGUGUGGUGGUGGCUGCAGUCCAUCCAGGAGUUCUGCUCUCUGGUCCCUGAUGGAGUCUCCAUCCUCCAGUGUCCCAUCUCCAGGACGAACCCCGACUGUGUGUCAGAGCCUCCGCCUGCAGCAUCGGUACGACUGUGUGAUCAGCUGCUUUAUGAUGUGAUCCAGGAGGCCAUGCAGAGACACAUGGAGGGGAUCCGGUUCAGAGAGAGUGGAGCUGGUCCUCAGUUAGACCCCAACAUGGCUGAGGAAGGAUUCACUGUGGAGGCUGGAGUGGACCAGACCACCGGCUUCAUCUAUGGAGGAAAUCCUCUCAACUGUGGAACCUGGAUGGACAAGAUGGGAGAGAGUGAGAGGGCACACAACAAGGGAGUUCCUGCUACUCCCAGGGAUGGCUCUGCUGUGGAGAUUGUGGGUCUGUGUAAGUCUGCUGUUCGGUGGCUGGUGCAGCUCCACACCAGCGGACACUUCCCCUACACAUCAGUCAACAUCUGUAGAGCAGGACAGACGCUCUCUGUGUCAUACGUGGACUGGGACUGUAAGAUCCAGGAAAACUUUGAGAAGAAGUUCUACAUUUCUCAUGAUCCCCAGGACGCUGAGGAGAAACAUCCAGACCUGGUCCACAAGAGAGGGAUCUACAAGGACAGUGUUGGAGCCUCCAGCCCCUGGUGUGACUUACAGCUGCGGCCCAACUUCCCCAUUGCCAUGGUGGUGGCUCCUGAGCUGUUCACUGUGGACAGAGCCUGGGGGGCCCUGGCUGUAGCUGAGAAGAAGCUGCUGGGGCCCCUGGGGAUGAAGACCCUGGACCCUGAUGACAUGGUGUACUGUGGAGUAUACGACAACAACUUGGAUAGUGACAACUUCAACCAGGCGAAGGGCUUCAGCUACCAUCAGGGUCCAGAGUGGCUGUGGCCUGUCAGCUACUUCCUGCGCGCCAAACUUUACUUUGCCAAGAAAAUGGGGAAGGAGACGUUCGAGAAAACUGUUACCAUGGUGAAACACGUCCUAUCUCGUCACGCUGUUCACCUGGAGAGGUCUCCAUGGAAGGGUCUCCCUGGACUGACCAAUGAGAGUGGUCGGCACUGUCCUUUCAGCUGUGAGAGCCAAGCCUCGUCCAUUGGAACCAUGCUGGAGGUCCUGUAUGACCUUUGA